CUGCUCUUCCAGACUGCUCUGACAAUCUCCGCCUUUGCAAUUUGAGCCUGAAAGGAGACUCUUUAUAGCAUAACAUAUAACCACCGACUUAUGGGAAGUAGUAAACCCUGGUCGUGCCAACACUCUUUUGAUUAAAAAUAAUCAUGUUUACACUUUCAGAAGUCGUAAUUUUCCUCGGAGUCUUGUCCGCUACAGCAUCUGGCUACUUUGUUAGCAUAGAUGCUCAUGCCGAGGAAUGCUUUUUUGAGCGAGUUAACUCAGGUACUAAAAUGGGCCUCAUGUUUGAAGUUGCUGAAGGAGGCUUCCUAGACAUCGACGUAGAGAUAACCGGACCAGAUGGUAAACAGAUUUACAAAGGAGACCGUGAGUCCAGCGGCAAGUACUCCGUAGCUGCGCAUAUGGAUGGAACCUAUAAAUUCUGCUUCAGCAACAAGAUGUCCACCAUGACUCCCAAAAUUGUCAUGUUCACUAUCGACAUCGGCGAGGCUCCUAAGGGUCAAGACAUGGAGACAGAAGGUGGCGGUGACAGCUGGGAUGCUCACCAGAACAAACUUGAGGAGAUGAUCAACGAAUUGGCCGUUGCCAUGACAGCGGUGAAGCAUGAGCAGGAGUACAUGGAGGUCCGGGAAAGAAUACACAGAGCCAUAAAUGACAACACGAACAGCAGAGUGGUGCUCUGGUCAUUCUUCGAAGCUCUUGUGCUGGUGGCUAUGACUCUCGGUCAGAUUUACUACCUGAAGAGAUUCUUUGAAGUCCGAAGAGUCGUGUAAAAAAUACGACUCCUUUGUAAUCCACCAUUUUCCAAGCCCAAGACAGUAUCUCACAUCGUCUCAGAUUUAAAAGGAUAAAUUAAAAAAAGGAGUGGAGAUUCUUGAAAAGACAGGAGAUCUUAACCACUUCAGAUUUCAGAAGAGUUAUUUUGUCGCCCCCCCCCCCUUUUUUUUGUUCCCUUUUCGUAUUCUUUUGUCCUAAUUUAUAUUUUGUCAGUGUUCUAUUUCGAAACCUGUUGCCUUUCAGAGACAAGUUGCCCCCCCCCCCUCCCCCUCCCCCUCACCAAAAAAAAAUUGUCAGUUGAUAAUUGGAUCAGUCCUUUGUCUCUCUUCAAUAUUUUCGAGUAUGAAGAUUGUAUUUAUUAGACAAAAUUUGCUUAGUGAUGUCUAUGCAGCUUUGUCAACUUCCAACACAACAUCAAACUAAUAAGAAAACGCUGUAAUAAACAAGCUGCGGAUGUGAGCCAUUGGCAACAGAAGCGACAGGGAAGCUGUAGAACAGGUUUUAGGAUCAUACUUUGAGCUUAGUCAUUAGUUCUCUCUACAUGUCGACAUCAUAGAAUGUUUCUUACUUGGAGUGAAACCGUGAGAAAUUGCUCACUUUUAUGUUAAUGGGAUGAUUUGUGUCAGUUGUUUGCUAGUGAUGAAAUGGUUGUCGGGAAUUGGGAAAUGGAGUGUGCGUUACAGGGCGGUAGACCCUAAACUUAAGGUCAUUUUCUCUUCUGAAUAUAGUUGUCCCCAUCAACUGACCUGACGCACGAUCGUUUAAAUAUCUCUAUGUGAAGAAAAAAAAAAAGAAACAAAAAAACCCGACAGUGUCACUUUUUGUUCUGAUUUGAUUUGUUUAAUGUCAAAGUUUGAAUGCGGUACUCGAUUUGAACACCCCCCCCCCCUUUUUUUUUUUUUUUUGUGUGUGAAGUAAAAGUCAGAAGAAGUCUCUUUUUUUGGUACUUUGAAUACGUUCUCAGUAUGUACAGCUGUAUACCAAGACAGAAAGAUUCAAACACUGAACAAAACACGUGGGUAAUGCUACUGAGGAAACUCUCAAAAAUCCUUAAUGAUGUCACAGCAAGACUGUAAAAAAUGUACAUGUUGAUGAAGUUUGACUUUGGUUUAAUAAACUACAAACACAAUAUUCUUAAA